AUGGAUUUCCACCUGGUGCCUCGAGGCACCGACCGGAACUACACCGGCUUUUUUACUAAAACCAUCGUUUACUUGGGAACUUUGGUCAUUUUCAUCGCCUGUAAGUUCCAGUCCAUCCUAUCCUAUCCCUCUCCAAGCGCCGGCAGCGCCAAGCUUAAACCGGCGGAGCCUCUGACAAGUACCAUCUGUACAGCUUUUGCGCUCACCAUAUCCUCGAUCGUUAUCCCUCGAUGGAUCAGCUAUCAUAGCGAAAAGCCCGCCCACCACUAUUCUUACGGCCUCCACCACCGCUGCUCCUCCCUCACCGAUACCUGCGAGAGCUUUCCACAACGCGAAGACUGCCAUGGCGACGACCGAUAUUUCUGUUCCAUGUGGCGCUCUGUGGGAUUCCUCAUGUCCUUCGCUGUUGUUCUCGAGGGAAUGAGUAUCGUCACCUACAUGAUUAUCCUCGGGGGCGGGAAACGGCUCCGCGAAAAUGGUUGGAGGAUUCUCAGCAUUUUGAUUGUAAUAUCUGCCCUGAUCCAAGCGGCCAGCAUGUCAAUAGUGGCAUACCUAUUCGAUAAUGAAGAUCGAUUCUUUGUUGGGUGGCGGCUUGACCAGUCUUGGGUCUUUUGCACUGUCAGUUGGUGCGCCGGCCUUUUCUGUGCUGGCGCAAUCAUCGCCGCGGCACAUAUUUUACCCUCCGAGGGCGGUUAUGAGUUGAUCCCGGAUCACGAUGAACUGAGGGUCACUUGA